UAUGUUGUCUAACAAUACAUCCAAUUUAUCAGAAAUGGUGAGAAAUAAAACUCAAAAUGAAACUCGUUUCCAACAUUUGGGUUCGAGGUUGCCGGAGUUCACGGAAGAAGAGAAAGCUAUGCUCAACCAAAGCUCGGAUUUCUUUUCAUUACAAAUGUACACUACAAGGUACGUCAUCCCGUUCCAUAACUACCCGGAUUGGUUCAUAACAUAUUUGUCCGACCGUGAUGCAAAGCAAAUGUGUGACGUCAGGUGGAAACCUUCGCCAGGCUCUCCUUGGCUACGUCCUGUACCAUGGGGUAUCAGGCGCGUGUUAAACUAUGUCCACGCUGAAUACGGAGAACGGCCGGUCUGGAUCACCGAAAACGGAUUUGAAGACAACCCAAUAUACGACGACUUCGACAGGAUAUUUUACUAUAAAGCGCACCUUAACGAAGUCCUUAAAGUAGACCAUAGUUACACCAAAGUAACUGCUGGUGUACCAACUAUACUGGUGAGUGGAUAUUAUACACGACACAGCAAAAGCGUUAACUACUCUCUGCGCGUGCGACAGGAAUUAAAAGCGCCGAAUGCUGGUAGAACGAAGCAGGACGGGGUAGCGGGUGAAAUUCUACCAGCACAUUAUUUAUUUCCCUGGCGUUUUUCGACCGCGAUUAUUUAACGUGGUUCAGUUUAUAACUGAGCCUCACGAUUAUAAAAAAGCUUUAUUAAUUGUUUAAAAACACGACCAGGGAAUGUGGGAUAUUUUAUGAUGGCGUAUCCCAUUUAACCCCGCAGUAAUAAAUGCCAGGGUGUGUUCACUUUUGAGUUUAAGUUGUAGUAUUGAAACAUCCGUUUUACAACUUUGUAAUAUCGAGUAAAAACUGAAUGCUGUGUCAUUGUUUGCAAGCAAUUACGUAACCGACUUCCAGAUUAAGUAAUGCAUUAAGUGUUUGUACAAUAAGUACCUGCUGUGCAAUACUUGGGCACUUUAAAACGUUUUUUUACAAAUGCGGUCAUAUUAAUAGAACCUUUAUAAGAUUUUACUUCGGCCAUUAUGGGUGCAUUACAUGCUACAAAUAUAUUGUGGAAUCCGCGUUUAAGGGUGUGUUAUGUUUGGGCAUCAACUAUGUUUGAUUACUGUCAAGCACUGAUGGUACGUGCACAAAGUGGCACAGGGUCACAACUCUAAAUAUUUGUGUAACAAACAACGUUAAAUCUUUUCGAAUAAGUUUGACCAUCGUAGUCUUACAACUGUAAUCAGCGCUUCUAUUUGAAAACGAAUCCAUUAACUUUUUUGCGGAGGAGGGUACGUUUAAUGGUGUGUGCAUUCAUAAAUGACAUUUACAUAUGUCGGUUGUAACUAAAAUCUUAGUGUAACGUCUUAAUUUGCUUCAUAAUUCGCUCUUGCUUUGUAGCAGCUUGUUUAUGUCCCCUAAUUUUAAUUUCUUAUGCGUGUGUAUUUAUGUGUUAUGUGACGUCACAAUUACGCCACGUUUUGGCUGCUGGUAAUCAUUUUUUAUCUUUCUUUUCCGAUCACCUCGCAGUCCAAGUGUACUGUUGUAUUUAUAUCUGCCAACAUCCAUCUUGUUUGAAUAGUUACCCCUGAGCGGCCCUGUGUGUGCCUGCUAUCUUGUCCUAAAAUUGUUCGGUAGGUGCUAUGUUUUUUAUAUAUCGUAUUAUUUUGUGUGAUAGUAUGUAAACCGUACGCCCUGUGUGUGUGUACUAUUUAAGUGUGUAUGUAUCACUUAAGUGUCUGUGUAUUAUUUAAUCGUGUAUAUAUUUUUAGAAAACCGUGCGUGCGUGCGUGCGUACCCGUACAAAAUAAAUUCGUUUACAACAAAU